AUGCUUUUUCCAAACCCCUUCCUGGUAACGAUUCUGUCCGCACUUUUCGUGAGUGGUGCUGAAUCGGCCCGGAACUCCCAAUCGAAGCCCUCGAACUCAACAUUCACCUAUAAACAACUAUGGAACCUUGAGAAGACCUUCUGGGACGCUUUUCUAUAUCCUGCAAACAAAAUUCAGAUCCAAGGGAACGCAUCCACCAUCUUCGCAUCCGAUGUCCAAGGACGCGUCGACAUCACCCGCACAUUCGAUGGCGACGAAUUAAACCGCGAAUAUAUCUUUGGCCUGUUCGCAGAUGCAACGGCUGUCAGUCUUGUGGGCAUUCCAAUUGAUUACAGUAUCACCCAAUUUGCAGCAAACGACAACAUUGCCUCAGCAACAACCGUCGUCACCUUCAACGCCACCACAUUCGGCGUGACGAUCCCCGUGACAAUUGACACCUGGAUCGAAUUCAACGAAGAUGGCAAAAUCGCGCAGUACGAUGCCACAUUCCGCUGGUUUGACUAUCUCUUGAAUUUCUUGCUCGAUUCGACGGCGACUAAAUACAAUACCACUUCAGCCGGUGCCGUUUCAAUCGUUACUGAUAUCCUUGCUAAGGAUAUUUGUAAAACUCAUGAUGCGCAUUGUACUGGAGAUAAUCAGCAAUAUCCUGCAGAUGGUCUGAGUUGCUAUGACUAUCUAACUCAGAAGACUCGGUUUGGAAAGAGUUAUGAACUGGGUCGGAAUACACUUUUGUGUCGGGAGGUUCAUGAUCAUAUGGUACAGUACAGGCCUGAUGUUCAUUGUGCGCAUAUCGGGCCUACUGGGGGUGGUUAUUGUGUUGAUGAUAUGAACUACACGCAAACUGUUCUUCAACAGUAUUUUAAUGAUUCGUGGAUUCCAUUUGGAUAUGGUCGGGAGCAAGACGUGUGGCUGGCAAACUGA